AUGGAGUUGGAAGACUUCGAUUUCUGGGAUAGCGAUGGCUAUCUAACGGGCAAAGAUGUCAGUGAUGAACAACGCAAUACUCUUUACAACUUGCUCAACAAAGAUUAUGGAGCAACCGACGUUCUAGAAUCAUUUCCUUUCUUGAUCAUUGGAUGCUCAGGCGGACCCCCAGACAAGAAGAAGCGACCUUUCUCAGUAGCUGGAGCUAUUGCUAUUUGGAGAGACGCCGAGCAUUUCGACUUCAGACCUAUUGUUGGAGAUCUCGGCCAAGGCGAUCCCAUCGAAGUCGACAACAGUAUUCUUGACCAAAUAAAACCGCUUGAAGUUCCCUCCAACGAAGUCAUACUACAUCUUGCCAACCAUUGGCCUGAGUCUCAAGCUAUCUCUAUGUUAUGGACUACGCUGGUCGUGGAGCUUCCCCUCGUCAAUCAGAAGGCACAUCGAGAUCGACUCCGCAAUCUUCCUUCGGGCAUCGAGUGUUGUUUUCUCAACCUCACAUUUAACAAUGGUCCAUUACCGAAUUCAGAGCGAAACAGAACCCGAGAAAUCAAACCAGACCCCACCACGUACGGUCAAGAGAUUUGCGAUGAGACAGAUUACGUCGCGAUGGAUGGGAAAUUUUACCCAGGAACUAUGAUCGGUUCAGUCGACGAGGAAGGCGAGCUUUGCUCGGUAGUCACAGCCGGCAUCCUAAUCGAGAAGGGUGACGAACAGCGUCUCACUUGUUCUUUUCAUUGUUGGGAAGACCAACAUAAGAAGCAUCCCAACCAGUUUGGCAAUUCUGAUGACACAGCCAUGGAGACUUUCAAAGUCUUGCAAGGUAAUAACCCAGGCUCUACGGUUGGAUAUGUCAAAGAACGAAUGGGCCAAACCGAUAUCGCGUUGGCCAAGCUACAUGAUGAUGGUGUGGUAUUUGAGAACAAGUUCAUGGAAAUUGAGGCAGCGCCUAAAAAGUUCCUCGCGUCGGCAGAUCACAAUUUUGGGGAUCGUUUCAUCUUUGAUUCUUUUGCCGUUGGCAAGCAGACUGUGUCAUGUCUUGGACGGAGAUUUACUCUGGGAUGGAAACAAGAGACUACACACCCUGACGUAAAGUACAUUGCCCUCGACCAAGGCGCGUUUGUUUCUGACUCGCCUGAAAUUACUACGGAGCCCCAGAUCCGCGAUAGUGUUUGCGGUUCCGUGCUUCUACGAUGUCUCAAUCAGUCUCUUGGAAACAAACACCACCGCACUCAAAAGAUGACGAUAGAGGACGGUGAAAUCGGCGGCAUGCUACACUGGGUUGAUAUCCAGUCGAAUAGAAGCGAUAAGAUUGAGAACUUCAUCAUGUAUGCUGAUUCAUUUGAUCCUCUAAUUGAGGCGGGAUGGACUAUUGUUCAGGAGACAAACGAGGAUAGUCAUAGCGAUGGAGAGGCUAGUGAACAAUCACCACGAAAGAGACAGAGAACCUAA